AUGUUCUUCCCUCGCUCCGGUGUCGUCGCCGCGACUUUGCUCGUCCUUCAAUCGACGCUUUCGAUCGCCGCUCCCUGGGCGAAGAAUGCGGUUCAUGAUCUGGAGAAGCGUAUCACUUGUCACACCAACGAGGUUUCCAUCAGUGAGUAUGGUUAUUCGCUCCUCGAUGCUCCGACUCGGGCCGUCACGGUGAAGGUCAGGCUCCGUGACUGCAGUGUGAUGCUGCCCUUCCUCUUGAGACCCUCCUCUUUCCGUCUCCUCUCCUGUUAUCGAAUUUGAAAUGGAUCUAACGACGCCAUAUAUUGAAAAAUCAUCUCUGACCCUCGGUUGCCUCCUUCGUCACAGACAAUGCUUGCGUGUCGUGCGCCUCGCUCUACAAGAACGCCACGACUUGCACUCGCUCGGUUCCCUUGACGUGCUCGUACGGCGUGGUCGAUUCGGCCCGCAAGUGAGUAGAUUGUGCCUUCUUCGAUCUUGAUUUGGGGCUCGGUCGACGUAUCCGCUUUGCAUAAAUGCCUGACAUUGAACCCCUAUCCACGAACGUCUGGUUGCUCGUCCUCCGUGCAGGUGCGCAGCCGUCGACUGCAGCAAGACUUCAGGAACCUAUCUCAGUACCGAUGGUGAGAUUUUUUACGAAUUGCCUCACUUUCACGCUUUCUUCUGUAUGGUACAGUGGCUUAAGUUUCCCUUCUCCGUUUUUUCGCUAUCGCACCUCUACUAGCCAAGCAAUGCCUGCCCUGCACCGAUCCCAACGCUUUGACCUGCAACAGCACUACGCCCUUCACCUGCCAGGCGAACUACACGCUCAGUUCCGAGCGAACCGGGUCUCCGGUCUGCUAUAAAGGCAAUCCCUACGUUGCCUUCUUCGGUUGGGGCCUAGCCAAACCCUUCCAGUCCAACCAACAGCCUUUCAAGCCGACCAUCGUCGCGAACGGCGACGGUACCACCUGUAUUGCCGAUCAUUACAACGCUCGCGGUGAGUUAUGAUGGCAUAGGAGCCGCUUGAUUCAUCAUUCUCAUCGACCAUGGCCUAAUUGUCCUUUGCUUUGGCCCUACAAAACAGUCGUCGUCGCCACGCCCUCGCCCGACCGAUUGGACUCAGCAGUGACGUGCACUGGGCAGAAUGGGGCCCUGGACCAAAACCUCGUCAAGACCGUCAACGGAAACGCUGUUGUCUUCCUCAAGGGAUACUGCUCGGAUUACGUCAAGAGCUCGUUCGUCACCGCCAACAAAGCUCAGGGCGCUUGCGAGGAAGGCUUCGUCACCCCCGAUGGGCAGGUAUCGUAG